UGUAAAGUAAACUUCUACAGUUACAGGUACGAUGGGUGGAAUCCAGAAGUGUUGAUCUGGUCAGCCGCGCAUGUGAUGGAUCUGUUUAACGCUCCUGUUCAAAGACGAAUUUACUUUUCAUUGCCACUUUCUCUUUUUAACCUGUUUGGACUCCAUUCGGAACUUUUUAAACUAAAUACUUUAAGGAAUGACUGAUGCGGACUGAGUUUGAUUCGGGUUGUGUGCGGUCUUUUAGUAAAGUACAACUUUAAACAAACUUUAUGUUUCUUGUCUUGGAUACAGUGUUGAUUUAAAGGGAAUAAUCAUGCCUGAUCAAGUGACAGUCACGGAGUUUAUGGACAUUACCAAUGAGGACUAUAAAGCGCCAACAACAUCAGUGUUCUUCUCACGCAUGACCCACUGUAGGAAUACAGUUGCCACUUUGGAAGAGGCGUUGGAUCUGGACCGCAGUGUAUUGCACAAAAUGAAGAAGUCAGUCAAAGCCAUAAACAGCUCUGGUCUGACUCACGUAGAGAAUGAGGAGCAGUACAUCCAGGCACUGGAGAGGUUUACAGAUAACUCUGUGUACAAGGACGAUCCUGAUAUGCCCGAUCACUUCCUCAAAUUUGCUGGUUUCACCAAGGAGCUCACUGGUCUCUUUAAGAACUUGCUGCAGAACAUGAAUAACAUCAUCACUUUCCCACUAGACAGCCUGCUGAAGGGAGACCUCAAAGGAGUAAAAGGGGAUUUGAAAAAGCCUUUUGAUAAAGCAUGGAAGGAUUACGAAACUAAACUGAACAAGAUUGAGAAAGAAAAACGGGAACAUGCCAAACAGCACGGUCUGAUCAGAACAGAGAUCAGCGGAGGAGAGAUCGCGGAAGAGAUGGAGAAAGAGAGACGCCUCUUUCAGCUUCAGAUGUGUGAAUAUCUCAUUAAAGUGAAUGAAAUUAAAGUCAAGAAGGGGGUUGACCUGCUCCAAAACCUCAUCAAAUACUUUCAUGCUCAGUGCAAUUUCUUUCAGGAUGGGUUAAAAAUUGUGGACUCUCUAAAACCUUCCAUGGAAAAACUUGCCACGGACUUGACCGCAAACAAGCAGACACAAGAUGCAGAAAGGAAACAGCUGAUGCAGCUGAGAGAUAUUCUCAAAUCUGCCCUGCAGUCAGAGUGUAAGGAGGACCCUCAGUCAAAACAGAAUGCUGGCUAUAGUCUUCACCAACUGCAGGGCAAUAAAGCUCACGGCACUGAGCGCUCUGGGAUGCUUCUCAAACGGAGCGAGGGACUGAGGAAGGUUUGGCAGAAAAGGAAGUGCUCUGUGAAAAAUGGAUUAUUGACUAUUUCUCAUGGAACGGCCAACACACCACCAGCAAACCUGAACCUCUUAACCUGCCAAGUGAAGCGUAACCCUGAUGAGAAAAAAUGCUUUGAUCUUAUAUCACAUGACAGAACGUAUCACUUCCAGACAGAGGACGAGGCAGAGUGUCAAAUAUGGGUGUCUGUGCUCCAGAAUAGUAAAGAGGAGGCCCUGAACAACGCCUUUAAGGAUGAUCAGAACGAGGGCGAGAACAACAUUGUACGGGAGCUGACUAAGGCCAUUGUGGGAGAAGUGAAGAAGAUGAGCGGCAAUGAUGUGUGCUGUGACUGUGGAGCUUCCAAUCCAACAUGGCUCUCCACAAACCUGGGUGUGUUGAUUUGCAUCGAAUGCUCUGGAAUCCAUCGGGAAAUGGGGGUCCACUACUCCAGAAUACAGUCUCUUACACUGGAUGUCUUGGGCACGUCUGAACUCUUGCUUGCUAACAGCAUAGGCAAUGCUGGAUUCAAUGAAAUCAUGGAGGCAAACUUGUCAGCAGAGGAGAUCCCCAAACCCAACCCUUCUAGUGACAUGCAGGUGCGAAAAGACUUCAUCACAGCCAAAUACACAGAGAAGCGUUUCGCUCAGCGGAAGUAUGCAGAUAAUGCAGCCCGGCUGCACGCACUGUAUGACGCGGUAAAGUCCCGAGACAUCUUCUCAUUGAUCCAGGUAUACGCUGAAGGAUUGGACCUGAUGGAGACCAUUCAUCAGACUAACCAACAUGAACCAGGUGAGACAGCGCUACAUCUAGCAGUACGAAUGGUGGACCGGAACUCACUCCAUAUUGUGGACUUCCUUGUACAGAACAGUGGGAAUUUAGACAAGCAGACUGCCAAAGGAAACACCGCACUGCACUACUGCUGCUUGACUGACAAUAGUGAAUGUAUGAAGCUGCUGCUGCGGGGAAAAGCAUCUGUCAUCAUUACUAAUGAUGCAGGAGAGACUCCUCUGGAUCUGGCGCAGCGUCUCAGAUACUCAAAAUGCGAGGAGCUGCUGACUCAGGCGCAAACAGGGAAGUUUAAUGUCCAUGUGCAUGUGGAAUAUGACUGGCGUCUGCAUAAUGAUGACCUGGAUGAGAGCGAGGAUGAGAUGGAGGACAAGCCUAUUCCCAUCAGGCGUGAGGAGCGUCCAAUAAGCUGUAUUGUUCCAGGCAGUGGCCCCAUGAUGCCCAACAUGAGCGCUCUGGCACGGGACGUGGCUAACGUGGUCAAUAAUAAGCAGAGGGCUUUUAUUCCUAGCAUGAUCUGCAAUGAGACUUACGGCACCAUGCUUGAUAUUAGCCCACCACCAUUGGGUUUACCUGGUAUUCCUCUUCUACCCCCUCGUACCUUAGGAAGAGGGUGGAGUCCUCCUAUGGAGAUGGCUGGGAGGCAGAGAUCAUGUUCAGACCCUUCAAACCCUCAGACUCCAGAAAGGAACAACUCAGUAUAUGUUCUCCCCCCUGCUCCGCCUCCUCCUCCAGCUGCCAAGAGACCACCGCCUCCAGAUCCAAAGGCAACUCUUCCCCAAGUUCCUCCGAUUCCACCUGCACCCACCGCACCCCCAGCUAUACCGCCCGUUCCAGUUAGACCAGCGUCCAUAGUGCCACCUGCACCAGUGUUGCCCAAUUCAUUUUUAAAUAAACCCCCACCUCCACCUGUACCCACACUGCCAAAAGCCCCUGCACCCAAGCCAUUGAAAUCCCCUUCUAGGGAUACUGUUGGUCCAUUUAGCAAAGAUGUAAAUGUAAAUAAAGCUUCACCCAGUGUCCCCCGACCAAGUGACAAAACAGACUCUGGGCCGCCAUCUGCCUCUGCACCAGCUCCUGUUCCUGUUCCUGCCCCCAAACCCAGAACGGCCCCACCUAAACAGAGACCUAAGAGGGUAAAGGCCAUAUAUAACUGCAAGGCUGAUAACGCAGAUGAACUGACCUUCUCAGAAGGAGAGGUGAUAAUAGUAGAUGGAGAGGAGGACAAGGAGUGGUGGGUGGGCCACAUUGAUGGGGAGCCGACCAGGAAGGGCGUUUUUCCUGUCUCGUUUGUUCACUUCAUCACUGACUGAUGUCAUACACUGCUGUCUUACGAAGAUCACACGUUCAGACUUUUUGUAACAGAAACCUGAGACCACUUAUUAUUUAACAAUGGAUUCGCCAAUUGGCCAUGUUUAUGGCUGAACGGUGGUGUACGGGACAUUUACAAACAUAAGACCUCAGGAAAUGUUUUAUUUUUUUUUAUCAUUUAUUCUGAUUACAAGUGCAAUUACCUCUAACUUUAAUGCAGAAAUCUUGUAUGUACUGCGAUGAGUGCUAUGCAUAAUACGGGGACCGUUUGUUUUUAUAAAGCGUAAUAGGUUUGGAUCCUUAAUCUCAUCUUUAUAGAGCUUUUUGUCUAUAUCAGAUAUCAGUUGCAGAGCAACUCUUAUUUUGCAUAAGGUGACAUGUUAAACCAUGUAGCUUGUAUACAAGUUAUGUUCCCAAACAAGUCAUUAAACCUUUUACUCUGUGCAUUUAAAA